AUGUCCUUGAAUAUCAUUUGAAAACUUUAAGAUUUCAACAUCUUGAAGUCCUUCAAAUAGAUUAUAUUAUGAUUAAUACAGUUAAUUGCAUGAAUAGAAACAGCGGAGGACGUCUCAAACUAAUUUUUAUCUGUAAACCUGAAAUCUUUGACCAUGAUGAAUCCCUUACAUUUAUUUGUACCAUUCGUGAAAAUUGUUCUUUAAUUGAAUAUCUAUCACUUGUGUUUAUCAUAUCAGACGAUCACAUUGAACUUGAAUAUUUACUGAUGACUUGCCAAAA